AUGGAUCCAGAAGCGACUGUCAACAGGACUUACACUGUUAACGACAUACAUACCUGCUACGAGACAGAUAAUACAACGUACUUCUUCACCAGCAACCCUUCCGUAAUAUGUGUUCUAUUACAUGUUUUCCUCGGCGCAUUGUCCGUUGUCACAAUAUGUGGAAACCUUCUCGUUAUAAUUUCUGUCUCUUACUUCAAACAGCUCCACACUCCUACUAACUACCUUAUUCUCUCUCUGGCUGUGGCUGACCUGCUUGUUGGGAUCAUAGUCUUUCCUUUCAGCAUGGCUUUCACUGUAACCUCAUGUUGGUAUCACGAGCGUUUGUUUUGUAAAGUACGAGGAAGCUUUGAUAUUACACUGAGCACAGCUUCCAUUUUGCACUUAUGCUGUAUUUCUAUUGACAGAUACUACGCAGUAUGUCAGCCUCUUGCUUAUACAAGUAAAGUAAAUGGUCGUGUCAGUGGGAUUAUGAUCCUGAUGAGCUGGGCAGUUGCUGCUCUGAUUGGAAUCAGCAUUAUAAUAGCAGGUUUUAAUCAAGGAAAAUGUGAAGAAAGUUGCUUAAUUGAUGCUCUAAUAUCAACCAUAUUUGCGUGUAUAUUUUCCUUUUAUAUCCCAGUCCUUAUAAUGCUUAGUAUCUACCUGAACAUUUUCCUUGUUGCACAAAGACAGGCAAUCCACAUUCAGAACACAACUGGUCUGAACACAAAGUCUGGGGCUACUGUGAGUAAGAUGGAGAGAAAGGCCACCAAAACUCUGGCUAUUGUUUUGGGAGUGUUUAUCUUGUGUUGGACUCCUUACUUUCUUUGUAUCACCUUUCAGCCUUUAACGUACGAUGUUACACCAAUUGCUGUGAUUGAAACACUCAACUGGCUAACACUGUCAAAUUCAAUGCUCAAUCCAUUUAUUUAUGCUUUCUUUUACACCUGGUUCAGAUCAGCUUUUAGAAUGAUCAUUUCUGGAAAACUAUUUCGAGGGGACUUUACUAACUCAAAACUUCUUUGA